CUCCCCGUGGCCGGAAGAGUCCGUGUCCCCCCCCGUGGCGGCCCUCCCGCCAUGUUUGCGGAGCUGAACGAGCUGCUGGACGCCUCCCCGCAGCGACCGGAGACGGGUAAAUUCACACUUCUGCGAGACACCAGAACAGAUGGCAGCUUCCUAGUGCACCAUUUCCUCUCCUUCUACCUCAGAGCUGGCUGUAAGGUUUGCUUUGUGGCGCUGCUGCAGUCCUUCAGUCACUAUAACAUCAUAGCACAGAAGCUGGGAGUCAGUCUGACAGCUGCCAAAGAACGGGGACAGCUUGUCUUCCUGGAAGGCCUCAAGUCCUGCCUUGACCUGUGGUUUGGAGAGCAGGAGGAGCAGUCGGGACAGCCCAGUCCUCUUCAGUUUUUAAGAGAGAGCACUUCUGACCUCAAAGCCUUGUUUGACUUCGUCCAGGUGUCCCUGACCCCUGCCAGCAGUGACUCCUGGAAGGGCCCUGUGCUGCUGGUGGAUGACCUCAGUGUCCUGCUCAGCCUGGGUGCCACGCCGGUGGCGGUGCUGGACUUCAUCCACUACUGCAGAGUUGUGGUGUGCUCCCAGCUGAAGGGCAACAUUGUGGUGCUGGUUCACAGCAACGAGGAUUCCGAAGAUGAGGAAAACGAACUGGUUGUGAACUCCCUGUGUCAUCACAGUGACCUGAUCCUGUGGGUAGAGGGGCUGGCGACCGGCUUCUGCAAGGAUGUUCAUGGGCAGAUUAAAAUAACUAGGAGAGUGUCAUUGGAGCUGACGGGGGAGCAGGAUGUUGUCCAGAUCUACCAGUACAAGAUCCAGGACAAGAACGUCACCUUUUUUGCUAGAGGGCUGUCGGCUGCAGUCCUGUGAUGCUGUGAUACAGCACAGUGCUGCAAAAGCAACACGGAGCAAGGCUGGGGAGGCCAGUACAUGCCACCAAACCAGCCCUGAUGCUCCACCAGCACCUUCCAGGAGCAGCGCAGCAAACUGACCCAGGAGGGAAGCUUAAACGUGUGUUGAACUGCAUGCCAACGAGAGGAUUAGCCUGCCCAGAGCUUGCUGCAAUCCCUUUGUCCUCCCACCCUGUUCCCAACAUACGUAGGCCAAGAAAAGUGCACAGACUUGCCAGAAUGGCCCUUACAGCGUGUAAAUACAAGCAGGAGGGAUGCCCCUUGGGCUGGGCGUGCCUCACCUUUUCCGGUGUGUUAUGGCAUGGCAGUGCCAGGCACCGCUGCUUGGAGGGAUCACCCCACCCUCCAGCUGGUAUUUACUGAGAUGACACAGAGAGGGUGGAGACAGGGAUGGUCUGGGAAUGUGUUGCAAUUCUUACCUUUCUCCCAGCUCUGGCACAGGAGAGAGAUUUGCUCAACUUGCAGCUUCCACAGCACUGACUGAAAAAAUCAAUGGCUGUAUGUACAGCCCCUCAC